UUGUUUUUGCCUUUUAGGUGGAUGCUCAGGUCAUCAAUCAAUAAAUAAAUCAGAAAGCAAAUGCUUUGAAGCAACGCGUGACUUUGAAGAAGAAAGGAUCAUCAAAUUGUGAAAUCAACUGAGUCGAGUUAGAAUGAGUAAAGACAAGAAUGAUGGUGAGACUAGUGAGAAAGGACUAUUUUCACAUUUAGGAGGAAGCCAUUAUUAUCCAUCAGCACCACCGUAUCCCCCUCCAUACCCGGCAGCAGCAACAGGGUAUCCACCACAAGGAGGCUAUCCCCCAACUGCCUAUCCACCAGCCGGGUAUCCACCCGCCGGAGGAUAUCCACCUCAAGGAGGGUAUCCGCCGCCUGGAGCAUAUCCACCACAUGGAGGUUAUCCUCCUUCAGGGUAUCCACCUGCCGGUUAUCCUCCUUCGGGAUAUUCACCUGCUGGUUAUCCUCUUUCGGGGUAUCCACCACAAGCUUAUCCUGUUUCAAAUGGCCAUCAUAAUUCAGGGCACUGGCCUGGUGGCGUUGGUGGAAUGUUAGCAGGGGGUGCUGCUGCUGCGGCCGCUAUGUAUGGUGCUCACCAUUUGACUCAUGGUCAUUAUGGUCAUCAUCAUGGGUUCUUUGGUCAUGGAAAGUUUAAGCAUGGGAAAUUUAAGCAUGGCAAAUUCGGCAAGCGUUGGAAGCAUGGCAUGUUCAAGCGAUGGAAGUGAUACUAUGGCCAAUAUGGUGUAUGGUCAUGACUCAUGAGGGUUGUAUUCUGGGAUGAAUAAUGUUUACUAUUAGCAACUUAGUUUUUGUUGCAAUGCAUGCAAUGAAAUAGUUUAACACUAUUUUGUCAAUUGUUUUUGUUAUGCCUUCUGUGAUUAUGUGUGUGAUUCCUGUAUAUAUGUAUAUAUAAGAAAGCCGUCUUCCUUGA